UAUUUUAUUCAGUAUUAGUGCGGGACUUACGCUCCCGAGCAUAUUUAAAUUUACUUGACGACACGUGCUCUAGAUAUCAAAUUAAUGUACAAUUUUUCCAUUCUCAGCACGCCCUUCAUUUUCGUAGCUGGCAAGUUGGGCGCGCCUGCGCCCUGGCGGCCCCGUGUUUACAUCGACCCACGCACCCGGGCAGUCGCUCUCCUUCCACAACACAAAUAGCCUCCCGUUGCCAAGGGAUCUGCAUCAACGGCAUCAAUCGUUUCUGGAUAACUCAACUGCUAUAACAACUUUUCAACGAAAAAACUACUUAGUGAAUUUACACAUUGGCCGACGACUUCGGAUUUGGAUACUGUGUAUAAAAGUGGAACUCAGAACACCGAAAGAAUUAAUGUAGACGUAACUAAUGCCAGUGGUGAUACCAGCGACGUUGGCGCCGCGGGCGCCGACGGGCGUGCGGGCGCGUGAGGCCCUUCUUCCAGCCGGCGUCGGCGGCGCCCGGGCGCGGGAAGCGCUGACUGCAGCGGGAGCCAGCGCGCGGGCGCGCCAGGCGCUUGCCGCCGUCGGCGUGGAGCGUGCGAGGGCGCGCGAAGCGGGCCUGCGACGCCGCUUUCAAUUUGCGCUCAAUGCACAGCUCUCGCAGUCGCUCUUCUCAGGCAAUCAGAUACACCUAAGAUACAAAUGGUUGGAUGGGCGCUUAGUGGGCGCGUGGCCGACGCCGCGCUGGGAGUGGAUCCCCGCAGGCCGGGACGCGGCCCGGGACCGCUUCGGUUCGGAGCGCCGCGAGCCCUUGCAGCUGCCCGCCUUCGAGCUGCCGCCACGGUUUCACCCACCCACGCCGCCUAACAUGCAUUUCACGCAUAUGGACCUACACCACGCGGCAGCGGGUGGUCCACGAGCAGGCGGUGGAGCCGGAGGUGCCCCUGGCGCUAGUUCGGGUUCCAGUGGCACCAGCGGCGCGGUCGGCGCGGGGGCGGCGGUGCUGGCGCUCGCGGCGCUGGUGCUGCUUGCACGAGCGCUGGAGCGCUGUCUCGACCAGAGGCUUUUCAAAUUACUGCGGAGGCGAUCAGAUGAAUGGUUUACACCAAACGUACUCGCUACAAGCCAUCACAUGAGAGAGGAGGUGACCGUGGAAGGCGCAGUUCCGGAGAGCCCGAAUGUGCCCUUGGGCGACCCCCCACCACCGUACUCCAUGUGCCUGCCAAAGAGUCCGCAAACCCCCAGCAUCGCAGAGCCGCCGCCGCCUUACUCAGCCUGCUACGUCGCUUUUGGGGGACCACAGGACCCGGUACCCAGAGUGUAUCUGAACGGCCCCACGUUGAACACGUUCCAAGACACAGGCCAACCAGGAACAGAUCACAGCAGGCAUCAUGGUGCCGGGCCCGAAGCGGCUGGGAUGACAUCGGAGGGCGUGAGAGCUGGUGACAGAGGAUCCAACACACGUCUUGCAGAAUGGAGGUCGAGUAGAGAUAUUAUCGCUUCGGAAACAGCCGUUGUGUUUCCCAAUAGUGUAGCUUAGUGCAGUCAUCCUUUUUGCGAAGAUAGACAUUAUCUUUUGCUUACGUUAGGUACUUGUAAAGAAAUAUUUUUGUAUAUUAUUAAUAUUUAACGUUAUCUAAGUAGGUGACUUAAGUAAUCGAUCUUAAUUUUAGUAAGUAGAUUUAGAGUCGAUAUUUUGUAAUUUAUAAACACGCUCUAAGUCAGCCAACGCACGUAGAAAAUGUUCAGGGUUAUUUCUGAUUCUGAUUAAAUAUUAAAAUUAAAUUAAACUAAAGAUAAAAAUAAACAAAUAAUUGUUUGUUAGUACAUAUGUUAAAGGGUUUAUUUACGUUUCAGUAUUCGCAAUUAUUUCUUGUUAUUAACACGUGAUAUACUUAUGAAGUUAUGACAUUAACUAAUUACGAAUUAUCUACCAAAAAAACUAUGCUCUCUAAAAUUCGAGCGUAGCGACCAGCAUACUAACAACGAAUAUCUAAAAAAAAUAAACCUACUUAUUAGAGUAACAAUCUUGUUUUUUUAUUUAUACCUACCACUAUACGCU